GGGGGCUCCGCGCGGCGCGCCGGCUUUUACGCCGUGGUCACGUGCCCCCGCGCGGCGUCACGUGGUGCUGGCGAUGGCGGCGGCGGCGGCAGGGGAGGCCGCGGCGGGGGGUGCCUCCGAGGAGGCGUUCCUCACCUUCUACAGCGAGGUCAAGCAAAUUGAAAAACGAGACUCUGUUUUAACAUCAAAAAACCAAAUUGAUAGGCUGACCCGACCUGGAUCUUCCUAUUUCAACUUGAACCCUUUUGAGGUGCUGCAGAUGGAUCCUGAAGCCACAGAUGAAGAGAUAAAGAAAAGAUUCCGGCAGUUGUCAAUAUUGGUGCAUCCAGACAAAAAUCAAGAUGAUGCAGACAGGGCCCAGAAGGCGUUUGAAGCUGUAGAUAAAGCAUACAAGCUGCUGCUAGAUCAGGAGCAGAAGAAGAGAGCCUUGGAUGUGAUACAAGCAGGAAAAGAAUAUGUGGAACACACUGUGAAAGAAAAAAAGAAGCAAUUGAAGAAGGAUGGAAAACCUCCCACUGUAGAAGAGGAUGAUCCUGAAGUUUUCAAACAAGCUGUAUACAAACAGACAAUGAAGCUCUUUGCUGAACUUGAAAUCAAGAGGAAAGAAAGAGAAGCAAAAGAAAUGCAUGAAAGGAAGCGGCAGAGGGAAGAGGAAAUAGAGGCACAAGAGAAAGCUAAACGAGAGCGAGAAUGGCAGAAGAACUUUGAGGAAAGUCGGGAUGGUCGUGUGGACAGCUGGAGAAAUUUCCAGGCAAAUACAAAGGGGAAGAAAGAAAAGAAAAACAGGACCUUCCUGAGACCUCCUAAAGUAAAAAUGGAGCAGCGUGAAUGAUCCUGGCAGCACUGCCCAAGUGCAGCUUCUCAGUCCCCUCCCUGCUUUUAAGGACUCAUUGGCACCUAGAGUAAGAAUUGCUUUUUAGUAGACUGUUUGUUUCCAGUAUAAUUAAUUAUUGGUCAAAGUAUUUUUUGUACUCUGUCUGUUUGACCUAGGGCCAUAGCGUGAGCUCGGCCAGGAACCUGCUACACAUAGAACACUUGGCUUAGGAGGGUCCCUGCCAUUAUUGCUGUCCUGUUUGUCUGCUGCCCUGUAACUCGAUGUUUUGUACUUCACAGAGGUUGUGCUGUUUCACCACUUCCAUUUCUAGUUUGAGAGCUGAACAAAAUAGUGGAAGCACAUCCGUACCUUUCCAGGCAGUGUCUUGCUCAGCAAGUUCAGCUUCAGAAAGGUCCGGGCUGAGGUGGGAGUCUGCUUCCAGCACUGUGUGGCACAGCUGAGCUGUGGUUAAAGCCCUGCAGCUCCUCACUGAGCUGAGCGGUGCUUGGAAGAACCCUUCCCCCAAGAUCUCAUUUCCAAACUAAAAUCCCAGCUCUCAGGCUUAGACUUGUGUUAAUCUCAGACCAUCUGGUCACUGUAAAGGAAACAUAACUUCUCUUGAUUAAUAGUUAAGUUGCAAUGAUCUGUAUGUAAAAUAAAUUUUUACCC